AUGAAGACUACUGCAAGGAACGUGAUAAGAGAUCACUACAUCAAAAUGGUGUCAACUGCCGAUGCAUUGCAAAAAACUAUACAAUUAAAUGAUGGUAACAGGAUACCAAUACUCUCGUUUGGUACUUUUGGAAAAAGACAAGAUAUUCCUCGCAUUAAAGAGGCGGUGAUCCAAGCUAUUGAAGCAGGAUAUAGACAAAUUGAUACAGCCCAUGCGUACCAAAAUUAUGAAGAAAUUGGUGAAGCGAUUGCUGAUGUUAUAAGUCGUGGCAUAGUUAAGAGAGAAGACUUAUGGAUUACUACAAAGGUUCCAUUCAGAGUUGGUGAUAGACAUGGAGUACUUCCAGCGAUAUUAACAUCUCUACUAAAAUUGAAGUUGAGUUAUAUAGAUUUGUAUCUAAUACAUUCGCCCGAAAAUCUGUUCUUCCUUGAAACACAUGAUUACCUAGAUGUGUGGAAAGGCAUGGAGGACGUUAAGAAGUUAAACUUGACAAGAUCUAUUGGCGUAUCAAAUUUUAAAAGUUCGCACAUAAAUAGACUUCUGGUUCAUUCAAAUACAGUACCAUCUGUUAAUCAAAUCGAGGUUCAUCCUACUUAUACAGACUUAGAACUUGUAUCAUAUUGUCAAAGCCUAAACAUUACAGUUCUGUCUUAUGCACCAUUUGGAUUCAUGGUACCGAGAGGAUUCGUAUAUAAUCCAACGAAAUCAACGUUUAAAGAACCGGUACUAGUGAGAAUAGCAAAUAAAUAUGGGAAAACCUCUAGUCAAGUCGUUCUACGAUACUUGAUGGACCGUGGAACAAUACCAAUUCCAAGAUCAACAAACGCAGAACGAAUUAAAUUAAAUAUUGACAUAUUUGAUUUCCGUCUCACUACAGAAGAAAUUAACUUAAUCAACGAACUUAACGAAGGAGCUAAAGUGUACAAUUUUGAUCCAUUGUCUUUUUUUGUAAUGACGAUUUACUUUAGUUUAUUCUGAUAUGAAACUUGUAUCAAUUAUGAUACUGGUGUUCGCUUAGUGCCUGAAACUGAUCCAUAGUCAUAAUUGAAAUGCAUUUCGAACUUUUCUAUUUAAUCUUAUUUUUGUAU